CUUCCGUCCGCGCGCUGGCCUCUCUUUGGAGCCGGCUGGCUGGGGCUCGGGGAGCGGGGUGUGCGGGGCUCGGCCGCGCCUUGCCACCUGCAGCGCCCGGGCAGGCCGCGGGGACCUGCGGCAGCGGCUCACCCCGGCCAUCCUUGCAGGUGGGAGUCGAGAGCAUCUCCAAGCACCCAAGCCAUGGUGGCCAAACAGCGGAUCCGGAUGGCUAACGAGAAGCACAGCAAAAACAUCACCCAGAGGGGAAACGUAGCCAAAACCCUGAGGCCACAAGAAGAGAAAUAUCCUGUUGGGCCAUGGCUGCUGGCACUGUUUGUUUUCGUUGUCUGUGGCUCAGCUAUCUUCCAGAUCAUACAGAGCAUAAGGAUGGGCAUGUGAGAAGGCCAGGGCGUUGGCUGCUGCUGCCCUGCUGCUGGCAGGUGGAGGGCCACGGAGAUCUUCAGCAGGUCUACAGCAAGCGAACGAGCCGCGGGCAAUAGAAAGGAGGUCCCCCGUUAUUCCCUCCCACUCCAUGGUGGAGGUUUGACCAAAUUGCCUUCUCACAGGACAUCUCCCUGCAUCUGUGUCCUCCAGUGGAAAGGACUCUGCUCUUGCCGGCCCGACUGGAAGCCACGUGGGGGGGUGGGGGGGUCGGCUGUAGUGCUCCCUGUCCGGUUCCCCGGGUUUCACUGUGGUGUGCAUGUGGCCCUCUGAGCGACUGCCCAUUUACAUCCUGCCAAUAAGGUCUCUUCUGUGUCAGGAAUUGGUUUUACAAAUAAAUGUCUUCAUUCAACCUUAA